AUGUUAAAUAACGAUGUAAAAGAACAAUCAUUUGAAGAAACUGAUCUUGUUUGGGCAAAAUAUAUGUCUCAUCCAUAUUGGCCCGCCAUGGUGUACAAUGAAAAUCAUUCGAUUUCAAGAGUAUCAGGUAGAAGAACUCGAGAAUCAUUUCAUGUGUACUUUUUUGGCGAAGUCAUAACUCAUGCAUGGGUAUCGAUAAGUUCAUUGUUCAAAUAUUCUAGUAUUAAAGAAUUUAAAGAACGUUUAGUAUAUUUUCAAUCACAAGCAAAAACAAAGAAAGAAAGACAACAAUAUGAUCCACCAAGCAUAUCCGCUUCGCAGCUAGAAUCAUAUCAAAAAGCUGUUAACCAAGCGAAUAAAUUUAAUGAUUUAGAGUCAGAUGAACGUAUUAAACAAUUAUCAGAAUUAAUGAAUGAAGCUCAAACAGUUUAUUCAAUGUUUAACACGAAUUAUAAAAAAAUAAAAACAGAUUCUGAUUGUGAAAAUAUCGAAGAACUUUUUGAAGUUACCGAUCAAAUAAUGACUACACCAUCAGUCAAAAGAAUAUUUGAAAACGACAAUGAUAAAUCAUUAAACAAGAAAGUGAUGAAAACGUCUGUCAAACAAGAACUAAAAGCACCACACGUGUUAUCACCAAGCAGUGACACAAGUUUAUCAAGUUCAUUGUCAUCAUUCACAUUUGAAACAACAUCUAGUUUAACUUGUCCAUCGAUUACAUUUGUUGAAGAAAGUUUAAUAUUAGAUGCUAUUAAUCGAAAAUCUGAUGGUACAUUUUUUGGUUCAAAAUCAAUUGCUGAACAAACAUAUGCACAUAUGGUGAAAGUUAAUAAUAAGAAUCGUACAUUACCAAUUAGUGAAUUUUGGUUUUAUCUCUUUGUUUAUCAUCAUUUACCAUCGUUAUUUAAAAAUCAUCCAAAUUGGUUAGUGGAACUUGAAACAGAUGAUCAUGUAUCAUCAUUAUCGGUCUCUGAUCAACAUGAACAACAUCGACGACAAUUAAUUACAUUAAUGAAAAGUUACCAAAAUGAAUAA